AUGAGUCAAUUUAUUAAUAAUGAUUCAACAAGUAAUCAAUCAGAUUCAUCGUCAUCAUCAACAAAUCCAAUUUUUAGACAACAACAAUUAUUACAUGGAAAUAAUUACGUAACAUCUCGAUCAACCGAUGUUCAAUCAGUACAAUAUGAAACUUUAAUAUCACAUGAUGAACAAGAACAAUCAAAUAAAAAUUCAUUAGCCACAACAAAACAUGGAUUAAUGACAAAAAAUACUAGUAAUAGCUCUAGAAAUAGUGAAGAACGAAAGAAAGAUACCAGUAGUAGUGGUACAAUUGUUUUGAUUAAACGAGAACCACAAUCAGAACUGAACGAUGAAGAAGGUAUGCAAAACCAUAGCACUAGCCGUCGUCGUCGUCGUCGUCGUAUCAUUGAAAAUACAGCUCGUCAAUGUUAUGGACCAGGAUGUAUGUUAGAAGCAGGGUUGCCAGAUCAAAAUCUUACAAAUCGGAAUUCAUUUGCCUGA